AUGCAAAAACAACUGAACCUUGGCCAACUAAAAUUAAAGCAGGAUGUGCAAACGCGGUGGAAUUCCACUUAUGAAAUGCUCCAGCGGCUGUUAUCAGCCAAGGAUGCCGUAAUUGCCACAAUAGCUGUAAUGCGACAGGAGCUGGCGCUAAAUAACGACGGUUGGGAAGUUAUAGAAAGCGCAGCGACAAUUUUAAAAUUUUUUUACGACAUAACCGUCGAAAUUAGUGCCGAGAAGAAUGUUUCGCUGGCUAAAGUCAUCCUCCUGUGUGACAUCAUGAAUAAUCAUGUCAAAGCGCACUUAAAUAAUACCAUGCUUCCAACGCGAGUGCAGUUAAUGCUGAAUACACUCGACAACCAGUUAGAAAAGCGUUUCUCCAACAUUGAGAAACACAUAUUGUAUAGCGGAUCCUCGAUUCAAAAAUAA